AUGUGUGAGGGACAGCCUGCCACCAAGAGGGCCAAAAGGGACUGCAGAGCCGAGGGUCUGGGCAGCCUAGCGGUUCUGAAUGAUGAGUGCAUUAUUGAUGUAUUGCACCUCCUCUCGGGUCGCUACCUCGCGCAAUUGGCGGCAGUAAGCCGGUGCCUCUACUUCUACACUGCUCACAACGAGCUCUGGAAGGGCCUAGUGCUAGAGACGCUGGGCGAUGCAUGGACCUUCCGCGACAGCUGGAAGGAAACAUACGCCUGGCAUGUCUGCCCUGGGCACAGGCCUUACGCGCCGCCGCGCCCCCUGAACCCCAGGGGCUUUCACUCUGAGUUCCUGUACCGCUCCUGGCUCUGCGCCCACAUGGCGAUCGACAGCGCCUGGCUGGAAACGGAGAACGUGCCGCGCAGGUCUGGCCUCACCCUGCAGCAGUUCCGGGAGGAGUACGAGCUGCCCAACCGCCCGGUCAUCCUCACAGAUGUGGUCACCAAGUGGCCGGCCAUGCAGAAGUGGGGCAGGGAGUAUCUGGCGGAGAAGUUGGCCGGGCACAGCGUGCUCGUCGGGGACGCGCCCAUGUCGUUCGAGGGGUACUGCGCCUACGCCGACGCCCAGAGUGACGAGCUGCCGCUCUACCUCUUUGACAAGGGGUUUGCGGAGCGCUGCCCCGACCUGGGUGCCGACUACCAGGUGCCCGAGGUAUUCAGCGAGGACCUCUUUGCGGUCCUGGGCCCCGGCCGGCCGGACCACCGCUGGCUGAUCGUCGGCCCUGCCCGCAGCGGGUCCACCUUCCACCAGGACCCCAACGCGACCUGCGCCUGGAACGCCGUGGUGCGGGGCUCCAAGAAGUGGGUCAUGUACCCGCCCCACGCCACCCCGCCGGGCGUGCGGCCCUCCGCCGACGGCGCCGAUGUGGCCUCGCCCGUGUCCCUGACCGAGUGGUUUCUCUCCUUCUACGAACACCGCGCGGCGGGGGGGCGGGCGCCGGCGGAGUGCGUGGUCCGCCCCGGCGAGGUGCUCUUCGUUCCCCGCCAGUGGUGGCACCUGGCCAUCAACCUUGAGGAGAGCAUAGCCGUCACCCAAAACUACGUGAGCACUGCGAAUCUGCGGCACGUCCUGGCCUUCCUUUCCUCCCGGAACCCCGCCCUGGUGUCCGGGCUGGAGGGCGACGAGCGGCGGGCCUCCCUGCACGACGACUUCCUCGCCGCGCUGAAGGAAGCCACACACAAGCUUUCUUCAAUGUUCCGGGAGGGGAGAAUGGGAGAAUCGUCCAACCUCACCUCCCCGGACCAGGGUGCCACGCCGGCCUUCAGGUUCGGCUUUGCGUAG